GGCCCCGCCCCCUCCGCCUCCACCGUCGCCUUCCCCGCUUUCCCCCCGAGCGGCGCAGCGCCCUCUGAGGCGGCCCCGGCCGGCACGGAUGGUGGACUGAGCUGGCCUGGAAAAAAGAAGCCAAUUCUUUCUCCGAGCUCUUUCUCCGCCCCCUUUAGGGGGAGCCCAGGCACAGAAUGGGGGACCGAAGGGACCUCUGUCCUCACCUGGAUUGCAUAGGUGAGGUCACCAAGGACGAUAUGCUUUUCAAGUCCAAGGGAACAUGCCAGUCUUGUGGUGCGGGAGGACCAAAUCUCUGGGCCUGCCUUCAGGUUGGUUGCCAUUAUGUCGGUUGCGGAGAAUCCUUUGCGGAUCACAGCACUUUGCACGCCCAGGCCAAAAAGCACAAUUUGACGGUGAACCUGACCACUUUUCGGGUCUGGUGCUACGCGUGCGAGAAGGAGGUGUUCUUGGACCAAAACCUGGCUUCCCAUCCUACCAACCCGCCUUCCAAAUUUAUGGAACAGGAGGCUCCCCCACCUGUCCAUCCACUCAAAGCUGUUCCGAUUGCUGUUGCUGACGAAGGAGAGUCGGAAUCAGAAGACGACGACCUCAAACCAAGAGGCCUUACGGGGAUGAAAAACCUUGGGAAUUCGUGUUACAUGAACGCUGCUCUCCAGGCGCUCUCGAACUGCCCCCCACUCACGCAGUUCUUCCUGGAAUGCGGGGGCCUCGUGAGAACCGACAAGAAGCCGGCGCUCUGCAAAAGCUACCAGAAGCUGAUAUCCGAGGUCUGGCACAGAAAACGCCCCAGCUACGUGGUCCCCAACAGCCUCUCCCACAGCAUCAAGCUGAUCAACCCCAUGUUCCGGGGCUACGCACAACAGGAUACGCAAGAAUUCCUCCGCUGCCUGAUGGACCAACUUCACGAAGAGCUGAAGGAGCCGAUGACGGCCGAACUGCGCGACUUGGACGCGAGCGACACAGAUGACAAAAGGGAGGGGGACCGCAGCCCCUCGGAGGACGAGUUCCUCUCCUGCGACUCAAGCAGUGACCGCGGGGAAGGGGAUGGGCAGAGCAAAGCGGGCUCAGCCGAAGCGGAGCUGCUGAUCCAGGAGGAGGCGGGGGGUCGCAGCAUCUCCGAGAAGGAGCGGAUGAAGGAGCGGAAAUUCUCCUGCCACCAACGGCGGAGCAACUCGGAGCAAGUCGACGAAGAUGCUGACAUUGACACCUCGGUGAUGGCGGUGGAGGGCGGGGCUUCUCCGGAAGGGCUUCUCCCGCCCCCUCCUCAACCCGCCAGCCCUGCGAGGACCCCAGAACCAGAUAAUGACGCCUACCCACGUUGUUCCUCGCGGCCCUGCAGCCCUGUCCACCACCACCACGAAUACGCCAAACUCUCGACUCCUCCACAUUCUAGCCCGGUGAGGCUGGGACACUCCUACGUGCUGAAGAAAGCUCAGUUGCUGACCUCUGGAAAAAAGAAGAAAGAAUUGCGUUACCGUAGCGUCAUUUCUGACAUUUUUGACGGAUCCAUUCUCAGCCUCGUCCAGUGCCUCACCUGUGACCGAGUUUCCACCACUGUAGAGACUUUCCAAGAUCUGUCGCUGCCGAUUCCCGGGAAGGAAGAUCUGGCUAAGCUGCAUUCAGCCAUUUACCAAAAUGUACCCAUCAAGCCAGGACCAUGCGGUGACAACUAUGCCGCCUCGCAGGGCUGGAUCGCCUUCAUCAUGGAAUACAUUCGCAGGUUUGUGGUGUCCUGUAUCCCCAGCUGGUUUUGGGGCCCCGUCGUUACCCUGGAAGACUGCCUGGCUGCCUUUUUUGCCGCAGACGAGUUGAAAGGCGACAACAUGUACAGCUGUGAAAGAUGCAAAAAGUUGCGGAACGGAGUCAAGUAUUGUAAAGUGCUUCAGCUGCCUGAGGUCCUCUGCAUCCACCUGAAGCGCUUCCGGCACGAGGUCAUGUACUCUUUUAAAGUCAACAGCCACGUUUCCUUCCCCCUGGAGGGCCUGGACCUCCGGCCCUUCCUGGCCAAGGAGAGCAUCUCCAAAGUCACCAACUACGACCUCCUCUCGGUCAUUUGUCACCACGGCACGGCCGGCAGUGGACAUUACAUUGCCUACUGCCAGAACAUGAUCAACGGCCAGUGGUACGAAUUUGACGACCAGUACGUGACGGAGGUGCACGAAACGGUCGUGCAGAACGCCGAGGCUUAUGUCUUGUUUUACAGAAAAAGCAGCGAGGAGGCUGUCCGGGAGCGCCAGAAAGUCGUCUCGUUGGCCACCAUGAAGGAGCCCGGCCUGCUGCAAUUUUACAUCUCCCGGGAGUGGCUGAACAAAUUCAACACCUUCACUGAGCCCGGGCCCAUCAGCAACCACAUCUUCCUCUGCUCCCACGGAGGAAUUCCACCAAAUAAAUACCAUUACAUUGACGAUCUGGUGGUGAUUCUGCCCCAGAAUGUCUGGGAAUACCUGUAUAACAGGUUUGGGGGUGGCCCAGCCGUGAAUCACCUGUACGUCUGUUCGGUGUGCCAGGUGGAGAUUGAAGCGCUGGCGAAGCGGAGGAAAAUGGAGAUCGACACCUUCAUCAAGCUGAACAAAGCUUUCCAGGCGGAGGAGUGUCCCAGCGUCAUUUUCUGUAUCAGCAUGCAGUGGUUCCGCGAGUGGGAGGCCUUCGUCAAAGGGAAGGACAACGAGCCUCCAGGUCCGAUCGACAACACUAAAAUUGCCGUGUCCAAAGGAAGCGGCCACAUGCAAGUCAAACAGGGAGCCGAUUACGGGCAGAUCUCGGAGGAGACCUGGAUCUACUUGAGCACGCUCUACAGCGGAGGCCCCGAGAUCGCCAUCCGGCAAAAUGUGGCCCAGGUGCAGGAGGUGGAAAGUCUCCACGGGGAACAGAAGAUCGAAGCCGAGACCAGAGCGGUUUAAAACGAGGAAGACAUUCAGGUCGUCUCCCCCUUCAAACUCCUGUGUUUUGGAAGUCAGCACACAUCCAUCCGCUGCUCUCACCACUACCGCCCUCUGCCCAGCCAGCCCCUUGGCCACCAGUCUUAAUUUGAGGCUCGGUGGCUUCUCCCUCCCUCUUUGCCAGAGAGCAGGGAGCCUGACCGCAUCUCGCCUGCCUACAUUCGUCCCAAAAUCGUCCGGUUCCAGGCCAGGAAGAGCACCUGGUCCGGUUUGGUCUCCUGCUUUCUCAUCCCAUCCACCUUCAGAAGCCGGGACAGGAUUCGCCGGGAGAAAUUUUGGGCCGCCCUUGGAAGGAGGAUCCGGUGUCACCACCGUUCUCCUUCGUCACCUUUGCUGGGCUUUUGUGACUUGAGGUACCAUGGAGCGGUGCACCAUGGUCUCGGUUCUCCUUUUGGCUCCCCUCCUGAAUUAUUAUCUGGAUGCAGGAAAGAUUUUGAAGCCACCUGGAAAGGACCUGGUCGGUUGAAAGGAAUACCUGGGCCACAGGUGUUUUUUUUCUCUCUUCCUUUUGUGGCACACAAAAAAACAUAUUUUUUUCCUCCCUUCACCCGUACGGGUCAAACGGGUUGGGUGCAACCCCCCAAUUCCCUUCUAUUUAUCUUAUUUAUUUGCAAGGAAUGGGUUGUCCUUGGCUCUUCUCGUCUCUGCCCCAAGUAUUGCCCAGCACAACCCCUAAAACCAAGCACGGACUUCAAGCCAGAUCAACAAACACGCUUGAAUUUUUCAUCCAGCGGUUCCUUACACGCACCCCAAACGGCUACAGCCCCCCCCCUCAAAUGUUACAAAGAAGUGAGGGAGCCCUCUAACAUCCGUGCGCCGAAAGGGGUUGAGCAUAUCCUGGAAGGAUCUGACAAGGGAACGGGGAGGAACGGGACACCCCCAUUCUCUGUCAGUCGAUGCUGACGUUCGCCUCCAUGUUCCUGCAAAACUUCCUUUCGGAGACUCGUGACUUUCUCCUCCACCUGGGUGAUGCGUAGGGCAAAAGAUGGAGCUCGGAGUGUUUUUUCCCCCCAGGCAAACGGCCGUCCCACUGUGGACGUGGACUAAGAGCAGGACUCUUGGACGUCUCCGCCUUUCGCUUCUCCGACGGAGCCCCGGUUCCUAAUCCUCAAGAGAUUCUUCACUCUCCUAGCAGUUGGUCUCUCGGCAACUUUCUUCCCCCAAACCUGCCCACAGUCUCACGUUUCGACCCAGGUUGGAAUGGCGUCGCCCUCAACAAGCCAGUUUAUUAUUAUUAUUAUUUUUUUUCUGGAGAAAGGAGGAGGAAGAGAUGCAGAAUGAAACGUGGGCUUGGGAGAAGCUGCUUGGAAGAUGUCAGUGGCAAAGGAUGGGUUGGGGACUCACCUGGAGAGAGAUCCUGGCCAAGGGGUUUGGCUUCACCUCUUAUCUGCUGGAUGCCGUUUCCUCCCCCUCCCACGGUCCUUCUGAGGGAGGGGCCGCCUUGUUUUCCAUCAUCCCGCCUGGGUCUACUUUGCAGAGAUGGGGGGAUUCGGACGAUUCAUCCCGGUGCCCCAAAAUGGAUUUUGUUUUAUUUUUUUCCUGCCGAGAACAUCAGCCAAUAAAACCCGCUCGCAUUCAAAAGUC